AAUCAAUCCGAAAAAAGUCGAAGGCAUCAGUAUAGUUCUUGUUUGUAAUUUUAGUAGACGAAAGACAUUGAGACACAACGGAUAUAUAAAAGUGAAUUAACUACAACCAAUAUGUUGGGCGCUUUCAUCAUCAUCAUCGCAAUUUUCUUAUUUUCGUUGGCUUUCUACAAGUGGGCAACGAUUAACAAUGACUAUUUCGAGAAGAGGAACAUGAAAUUUUCAAAGCCAACAUUUUUGUUCGGAUCUAUGCGCGAUUUUUUCUAUUCCCGUGGAACUUUGGCUGAUUUCGCAAAUAAAAUUUAUCGAGAAUUUCCAAACGAAGCAGUCAAUGGUCUGUUCGGUUUUCGACAACCGCAAUUCUUACUUCGAGAUCCGGACGUAAUCAAACAAAUUGCAGUCAAGGACUUUGAUCACUUCGAAGAUCGUUUUAAAUUUAUCGAUCCAAAGUUAGAUAAACUAUGGGGAAACAGUUUAUUUCUGAUGGAAAGUGAGAAAUGGCGACUGAUGCGAGCCACUCUAAGUCCUGCAUUUACAGGAAGUAAAAUGCGACAAAUGUUCAAUUUGGUCGUCGAAGUAGCAGAAAGUGUUAUGCAGCAUCUACUAAAAAAAGUUGAGAAUGGAGAAAAGGUCGAUGUUGAAAUGAAAGAUUUCUUCACACGAUACACGAACGAUGUGAUUGCAUCUUGUGCAUUCGGAUUAAAAGUGAAUUCCGUUGCCGAACCGAAAAAUGAGUUUUAUCUGAAUGGGAAGGAAUUGUUGAAUUUCUUUGGUCUUGUGAAUCUGAUCAAAAGUAUGAUAAUUAUGACCACGCCAUCCAUUGCACGACUUUUAAAACUCAAUCUUACUGGAAAAGUUGGAGAAAGUUUUAGCCACAUAAUAUUAGACACAAUGGAAGAGCGGAAGACGAAGAGUAUUUUUCGACCGGACAUGAUCAAUAUUAUGAUGCAGGUUCGUGAAGGAACGUUGAAACAGGAAACAGAAGAAAAGAAAAAGGAAGUUGAUGGAUUUUCUGCCGUAGAAGAGUCCGAAAUCGGCAAGGAAACUGUAAAUCGUGCUUGGAGUGAUGACGAACUUGUAGCUCAGUGUUUCAUUUUCUUUAUAGCUGGUUUCGAAACAUCAUCAGCAAUGUUAACAUUUGCAUCUUACGAGCUUGCUGCAAAUCCAGAUAUUCAGCAGAAACUCUAUGAAGAAAUUGCAGCCAUGAAUGAACAGCUCAACGGAAAGUCCAUUCAUUAUGAUGCGCUACAAAAGCUCAAGUAUCUGGAUCAAGUGUUUUCAGAAACAAUGAGGAAAUGGCCACCACUAUUCCAGAUUGACCGUCAAUGUACUAAAGAAUACAUAUUCGACAAUGGAAGUUUAAAGUUCAAAGUGGAGAAAGGACAGACGGUAUUGAUACCAGUCUACGGAAUUCAGCACGAUGCCAAACAUUUUCCGGAGCCGGAGAAAUUCGAUCCGGAUAGAUUCAGUGAUGAAAACAAAAACAGUAUUCACCAAGGCACUUACAUGCCAUUCGGAAUAGGUCCACGCAACUGCAUUGGUUCUCGUUUUGCACUCAUGGAACUGAAGGCGAUUCUGUACUACGUACUUCUGAACUUUACAAUUGAACCGAACGAAAAAUCUGAAAUUCCAUUGAAGCCACCGAAAAUGACAACAGCUGCGACAAUGUUACCGAGAACCGGAGUUCAUUUUGAGCUUAAACCAAGGAAAAAAUAAAAGUUUUUGAAGAUCAGAUGAAUUUGACGAUAAAGUAAUUUUUUGCCUUAGACAAAUUAUACCAG